UCCUGCUGUGUCGGAGACAUUUUGGAUUUAAAGGGGCUGAGCUAGCCGUCAGUCCUAGCUCUCGGUUUCCCUGAGCUACAAAGAAGAUGUCCACCAUGGUGUAUCCACGGGAAGAGAAGCUCGAGAAGCUUUCUCAGGAGGAGAUCAUCUCCAACACAAAGCUGGUGAUCCAGGGCCUUGAGGCUCUGAAGAACGAGCACAACUCCAUCCUCCACAGCCUCCUGGAGACCAUUAAGUGCCUAAAGAAAGAUGAAGAGGCCAACCUGGUGCACGAGAAGUCCAAUCUGCUCCGCAAGUCAGUGGAAAUGAUUGAACUGGGCCUGGGAGAAGCACAGGUGAUGAUGGCCCUGUCCAACCACCUGAAUGCAGUGGAGUCUGAGAAGCAGAAGCUGCGUGCCCAGGUGAGGAGGCUUUGCCAGGAAAACCAGUGGCUGCGAGACGAGCUGGCCAACACCCAGCAGAAGCUUCAGAAGAGCGAGCAGAGCGUGGCUCAGCUGGAGGAGGAGAAAAAGCACCUGGAGUUCAUGAACCAACUCAAGAAAUAUGAUGAAGAUGUGUCACCCACUCAGGAGGAGAAGGACAGAGAAACACCGAAGGACUCCCUGGAUGACCUCUUCCCUAAUGAUGAGGAAGAGCAUGGCCAAGGAAUGCAGCACCAACACAACAGUGCGGCCGUAGCUGCAGCCCAGCAGGGAGGCUAUGAGAUCCCAGCCCGCCUGAGAACCCUGCACAACCUGGUGAUCCAGUAUGCCUCUCAGGGCAGGUACGAGGUGGCCGUGCCCCUCUGCAAGCAAGCUUUGGAGGACCUGGAGAAGACCUCUGGACAUGACCACCCUGAUGUAGCCACCAUGCUCAACAUCUUGGCCUUGGUCUAUAGGGAUCAGAACAAAUACAAAGAAGCAGCCCAUCUGCUCAACGAUGCUCUGUCCAUCCGCGAGAAGACCCUGGGCAAAGACCAUCCAGCUGUUGCUGCCACGCUGAACAAUCUGGCUGUGCUGUAUGGAAAGAGGGGGAAGUACAAGGAGGCCGAGCCGCUGUGUAAGAGGGCUCUGGAGAUCAGAGAAAAGGUGCUGGGAAAGGACCACCCAGAUGUGGCCAAGCAGCUGAACAACCUGGCCCUGCUGUGUCAGAACCAGGGCAAAUACGAGGAGGUGGAAUAUUACUACUGUCGUGCUCUGGAGAUCUAUGAGUGCAGGCUGGGCCCAGAUGAUCCCAAUGUGGCCAAAACCAAGAACAACCUGGCAUCCUGCUUUCUCAAACAGGGGAAGUACAAGGAGGCUGAGAUUCUGUACAAAGAGAUUCUGACUCGUGCUCACGAGAAAGAGUUUGGAUCUGUUGAUGCUGAGAACAAGCCCAUCUGGAUGCACGCAGAGGAAAGAGAGGAGAUGAGCAAGGGCAAGCACAGAGACAACACUCCAUAUGGAGAGUACGGUGGCUGGUACAAGGCCUGUAAAGUCAACAGCCCUACAGUGAACACCACCUUGAGGAACCUCGGGGCUCUGUACCGCAGACAGGGCAAGCUAGAGGCUGCUGAGACCCUGGAAGAGUGCGCCGUGAGGUCUCGCAAGCAGAGCAACACAGGCAUCGACCCCAUCCACCAGACACGUGUGGUGGAGAUCCUGAAAGAUACAGAGGGCGACAGGCGGAGGAGCAGGGACAGCCUGACCAGCGUUAAGUAUGAGAGCGGCUCUGAGACCGGCGAGGAAGUGAGUAUGGGCGUGGAGUGGAAUGGGGCCUAAGCCAUCAAGAUUAUUCCUCCAUCCUUCUCUCCUUCCCCAACACAAUAGCAAAAGGAUGUGUGUUGUCGUUCCCUCUGGCCUUCUCUGUCCCAACAAACCAACAGCUCCUCUACCAUUCCCGGUGCCCCCUGCGGCAGAGACUCAGAAAGCCCCCCUCCUGGUUGUCACCUCUGUCCCCCUGUUCAGCUGACAACCGCUGGGACGUUUGGUCUUCUCAUCUCUGCUCUGUUUUUUCCUCUCUCUCUUUCUCUCACUCUAUGUCCUUUCCUCUCACUAACCUAUGUCGUCCCCUAUGUAGGAUGUCAACUCUUUCUCAUUUAACAUAAAAACAACAAAACCAGUCAUAGUGUGUGUAAUCUUUCCCUGUGAGGAAGUCACCUGCACAUUUUCCUGUCUUCAACACUCAUUUGUAAUUUGUCAUAGGGGCAUAGUAAAUUUAUUUGGCUAGUUAGAGGAGCAGGAGAGUAAGUUAUCAGAAGAAGGCAAAACAAAAAAAUGCUAAUGUCACCUUUGACAGCAGACUCUGCUCCAGACAUCACUCCAACCCAUAGUCAGAUAAGAAGCUACGAUCGCUAUUGAAUCAGUAUAGUGGCAAAAUAACUCAUUUCCACAGCUGCUCUGCAUUGGUCUCACUCAGAGUUUGUUUUGUUCACUUGAACACUAUCAACCACCAAGUGAAAGUUGACCUCAAAGCUAGCUUCCAACCUGGUGCCUGUAUUUAGCCAUAAUAUUAUCCUUUGUUUUGUUUAUUUAAUGUCUCAACUAAUGCCUGCAGCGAUCAAAUUAAUGGUACUGUAUAGUUUAACAUGCAAAAUUCUGCAGCCAAGUUGGUGAGGAAAGAGAAGGGAGCGUUGCCAUGUUUUUGUUUUUAUAGAUAUAUUUCCUAUUAAUUUUUUUGUUUUGUAUGAUAUUGUUUACAUUUUUUAAAAAUACUUUUGAUUAUUUUCUGGCUGAAUAUAAAGGUAGUAGUCAACAAUGCCAUUCUGUUGCCUGAUGUGAAAGACCAGAAGGGCCGACAUGAGAUGAGCUAAAGAUGACAGCAAAUUGGUCAGAUCGCAGCAAAAUCUUGUUGCCAUGGUAAUUUAUUUCCAAGUUGCUCUUACUGAGUUCAGUGUCCUUGGUUUGAAAGAGCACUCACAAAGGCUCUGUGCUGCCACGGUUAUGUACACAGUAGCUCACAUUUACAAAGGGAAUUGGCAACACUGGCUGAUGCUGCAAAGCCAAUAUGACCAACUGGAGCAUCCAGCACAAACACUCACCACCUGAGAGGUCACUAGGUAAUAAUAGAUUUCAAACUAAAAGCCCAGAUUUGCCUUGUCCAGUCAGUGUAGGAGUGGAAGCUAGCAUUAUAACUCAACAGAAGUCUGGAUUCCCCCAGUAGUUUUCGUGUGUAUUUGUGAAUGUUUCGGUGGUACAGUCGCAGUGCUCACUCUGGCUAUGGAUACUGUAUUUUGAACACAAAAGCUUAAUGGAGUGUGUUGCCUUUUUUUUUUUUCUUACACAGUUGUUUGCAAUUUGUCACUUUGGUGAAUCAUGGUUUUUAGACACCAAAAGUACAGUGCAAGUGUUUCCUCAAGAUCAACAUGUUAUUUCAGAUGUUUAACUAACUGAAUGUAAAUUACUUUAACAUCUUGGAAGUGUAAUUGUAGGCUGUAUUUAUAGAUUUGACAAGUGCAUUCACUAUACGGCUUUUUCAGUAUGCUACUUGCCUUGAUUCUUCAUUCCUUCCAACGAGUACACCUAUACUUCUAAUGCAACUCUGAACAAAAGAAUCGACUAUGUUCAUCACAUAAUUAUGGCAAUAUUGUUGUGUUAGUGGAAUGCUUAUUUAUUGAACUGUCUGUUCUUGACAUAUAUAGUGUGACUUCAGUUUCCUAAAGUGGAAGAACAUAAAUGGUAAGGUCUAUAAGCACUAUCUUAGUAAGUAGGACUGCAUUAUAUUUACCAUUCUGCAUUGUGAAGAUUAUUGCAUCAACACUUGUUGGUAUUCUCAAAUAAAGUUUUUCAUUUGUGAA